AUGACAUUGUUCGGAAACUUGAGGGAGGCUUUGAAGAAAGCAGCCAGCUUAAGGCGCAUGUUAGAACGAGAAUGCGCAGUUCGGGACGGUUCUGAAGCCUUUGAACCUAGCGGCGGCCACAUUGAGUUUGUUGAUGUUAGCUUCGCCUACCCCGAGAAGGUGGUCCUAGAAAACUGCAAUUUGUCUUUCCAAUCUGGAAAAAUAACUGCAGUUGUGGGUCCAUCCGGGGUUGGGAAGUCGACCAUACUCAAGCUGAUAUUGAGAGCCUACGAUCCGCAGAUCGGCCUCGUCAAGAUUGAUGGGCAAGACAUCAGGAUAUUCCGUCUUCAAUCCCUGCGGUCCCGGAUGGCAGUUAUGGAGCAAGAGCCGCGUCUCUUUAACAGAACUAUUCUGGAAAAUGUGAAAUAUGGAAGGCAAGGCGCUACAGACGAAGAGGUCCGCGAGGCUUGCAAGAAGGCCAACAUCCACGAUUGUAUCAUGAGUCGCGAGAAAGGGUACCAUGAAGUACUUAGCUGUGCAGGUAGUGGAUGGUCGGGCGGGGAGAGACAAAGGUUUGGGCUAGCUCGCUUGUUUGUCCAAAACCCCGAUAUUAUUAUUGUGGACGAGGGGACCAGUGCAAUCGAUACCGAGACUGAGACGCAAGUCAACAUGAACUUGAGAGAGUGGUUUCAAGGAAAGACAACAAUUCUCAUUGCGCACCGAUUAUCCUCGGUCAUGCACGCCCACAACAUAUUAUUUCUAUCAGACAAUGGUCAAGUCUGCGAAGAGGGAACACAUCAAGAUCUUAUUGCUAGGAAAGGUGGCUAUUACUCACUUUUUCAGCAUUAUCAUGGCAAUGGAUAA